GACAAUAGCGACACUGCACCUUCGAUCCUCAUUAUAAAACAAUUGCUUUAUUUAAGCGCAUUGCAAUGAACACGCAGAAAAAGCAUCACAUAGCGCGGCUCUGAACAUUACUCCGUCUUUUAAGGUCAUGUGUCCUAUCUCUCUCUGCUUGCUAAUACCACGGCCGCUUUGUGGCUAUCCUUCUCCAUCUUUCUCUCUCUAAAAUCUUCUUUACCUCAUUUUCUCUUUCUCUUCAAAAUGCAUUCAAGAUCCAUCUUCUUCUUUUCUUUGGGGGUGACCUCCUGAUCUGGGAUCCAUCUUCUUCUUUCUUUCCUUCUUUUUUCAGAUUGAAUCAAUUUGAGGCAAAGUCGAUCCAGUGGAGCUGGCGUGGUAGAGAGAGAGAGAGAGAGAGAGAGAGAGAGAGAGAGAGAGAUGAUGGCUCUUGGAAAGAAUCCAAGAGGUGGGGUGGAUCGGAGGUCGUCAUCGUCUUCCUACUGCUCUACUGUUACAUUGGUGGUGUUUGUGGGCCUGUGUUUGGUUGGGGUAUGGAUGAUGACCUCCUCUGCAGUUGGCCCUGUACAAAGAGUGAAUCUGUCUCCGACAGACCCUGAACCCAAGAUUACAGAACAGGAAAAGGACCAGCGAGUAGCGGCGAGUGAUACUCAAACCUUUGAGGAUACUCCUGGUGAUUUGCCUGAUGAUGCGAUACAAGGAGAUGGAGCAGGGGCGACUCAGUCUCAGGAUGAGAGAGAAACCAAUACCCAAGACAAAGAGACUGUUGAGAAAGCAAGUGACACCAAAGAGAGAGAAGAGGAGAAAGAAACAGAUGGCAAGAAGGAGAGCCAGAGCCAGGAGGAGAGUGAAUUGAAACAACAUAGCGAGGAUGAGAAUGGGAAGGAAGAAAAUGAGGAAGGACGUGGGAAGACUAACCCUGAGUCAGAAGAGGUGGCGAAUGAUGGUUCAAAAGCUGAGACGAAACAAGAAGGUACAGAACAGUUGUCACAAACAGAGGAGAAGGAGGAGUUGGAAAAGGUGGAGGCUGAGACUCAACAACAGCAGGAGCAGGAGCAGGAGCAGCAGCAGCAGCAGCAGCAACAACAACAACAACAAGAGCAGGAGCAACAGCAACAACAACAAGAGCAGGAGCAGCAGCAGCAAAGCACUGAUGAGAAGACUGGUAAGGAAGAGGAGAGCAGGGAAGGCAAAGAGCAUGUUCCUUUGGAAACUUUCCCAGCUGGUGCACAAUCAGAGAUUUUGAAUGAAACCAACAUACAAGGUGGGUCUUGGUCAACGCAGGCUGUGGAGUCCAAGAAUGAGAAGCAAGUGCAGGAAGAGGCUUCCACGUCCUCCAAAGUGUACACUUGGAAGCUGUGCAAUGUCUCUGCUGGUCCUGAUUACAUUCCUUGCCUUGACAAUGAUGAAGCAAUCAGGCAGCUUCGCAGCACCAAGCACUAUGAGCACCGCGAGAGGCACUGUCCCAAAGAGAACCCCACUUGUCUCGUUCCUCUGACUGAGGGAUACAAAUGCCCGAUUGAGUGGCCACAGAGCAGAGACAAGAUCUGGUAUCAAAACGUUCCCCACACAAAGCUUGCUGUGGUUAAGGGGCACCAGAAUUGGGUGAAGGUUAGUGGCGAGUACCUUACAUUCCCUGGGGGUGGAACUCAAUUCAAGCAUGGGGCCCUUCAUUACAUUGAUUUUAUUGAGCAGAUUGUUCCUGACAUAGCUUGGGGCAAAAGGAGCCGUGUGAUACUGGAUGUUGGUUGUGGGGUUGCGAGCUUUGGUGGUUAUCUAUUCGACAGGGAUGUGCUCACCAUGUCCUUUGCUCCCAAGGAUGAGCAUGAGGCCCAGGUGCAGUUUGCGUUGGAGAGAGGGAUCCCUGGAAUAUCUGCUGUUAUGGGAACUCAGAGGCUUCCAUUCCCAAGCAGAGCCUUUGAUGUUGUCCACUGUGCACGCUGUAGGGUCCCUUGGCACAUUGAAGGUGGUAAACUUCUACUAGAGCUAAAUAGGGUGUUGCGUCCUGGGGGUUACUUUGUGUGGUCGGCUACCCCUGUUUACCAGAAGCUGGAAGAAGAUGUUGGGAUCUGGAAUGCCAUGGCUGCAUUGACAAAGUCCAUGUGCUGGAAGAUGGUGGUCAGGAGCAAGGAUAAAAUAAAUGAAGUUGGUGCUGCAGUAUUUCAGAAGCCCUUGUCAAAUGAAUGCUACAACUCUAGGCAGAAGAAUGAACCUCCGCUAUGCCAGGAGUCUGAUGAUCCAAAUGCAGCUUGGUAUGUGCCCCUGCAGGCGUGCAUGCAUAGGGUGCCAACGGAUGAGGGACAGAGGGGAUCCCGAUGGCCUGAGACAUGGCCUCAGAGACUGGAGAAACCACCUUAUUGGCUCAACAGUUCCCAGGUUGGGGUCUAUGGAAAAGCAGCAGCAGAGGAUUUCACAGUAGACUAUAAGCACUGGAAACGGGUCGUGAGCAAUUCGUAUCUGAAUGGUUUAGGAAUCAGCUGGUCCAAAGUAAGGAAUGUCAUGGACAUGAGAGCCGUCUAUGGAGGAUUUGCUGCAGCUCUGAGGGACAUACAGGUGUGGGUGAUGAAUGUGGUGCCCAUUGAUUCACCUGAUACCCUUCCCAUCAUAUAUGAGCGGGGUCUCUUUGGUAUAUACCAUGACUGGUGUGAGUCUUUCAGCACCUAUCCCAGAACGUAUGACCUCCUCCAUGCUGAUCACCUCUUCUCCAAGCUCAAAACAAGGUGCAAUUUAGAAGGAGUGUUGGUGGAAGCAGACAGGAUACUGAGACCAGAGGGGAAGAUGAUAGUGCGAGACGCUGGGGACACGGUUGCAGAAGUGGAAAAGAUUUUGAAGUCAAUGCACUGGGACGUGCGCCUAACCUACACCAAGGACAAGGAAGCACUUCUCGUUGUCAAGAAAUCCAUGUGGAGACCCAAAGAGUACGUGGCUCCCCUUUCAGAUUCCUCGUCCUCUGCCACUACUGCCACCACCUCUUAGACUCAAUCAACCGCCCAAUGGAGAGCAAAGCAAAAACGGCCGCAGCGUCCUCUUUUUGUAGUCCCUAUUCUCACUUAUUCCCUGAAGAAGUGUGGAAGAGAGAGAGGUAAGAACCCUUAGGUGCUUGUUCAAUAUUAAUUAUCGAGCAUUGUAAUUUUUUUUUAUUUUGUUGCUGCUCGUAUUUUUGGGAUGGUAUUCUCAAAGUUUGGCAUUUUUGAUGUUUUUGGGAUCUGAGAGAAUUCUCAUAUUUGUAACAUUUAAAUGAUUUUUCAUAUCUUUUGAUGAAAAAAAAAGCAGCCGCCACGGAGAAAAAAUUUGACCAUGCCAUGGCACACAUUCAUGACUAGGAAA